UCAUCAUUCUCAACAACAUGAGAGAGAAAAGGAGAGACACAAUGGAGUUGCAGACAAGUUUUAUUUCCACAUUCUUCUUCUUCUUCUUCCUCUUCCUCCUCUCUGACAUCCCUCCUUUUGUGUAUUCCCAGUCAGAUUCUUGCAGUUCUAAUCUCAAUAACCUCAAUGGUCUUGUUAAUUUUAAUACUACCUCUUUUCAUUGCCAGCUUGUUUGGGAUACUGAAGAUUACAUCCUUAGAUAUCUACAGAGUGGACCAAACCUAUGGAGCUUUGUCCUUUCAGCAUCUUAUGCAAAUUCUUAUAUCGCCAUGGGCUUCUCCAAGGAUGGGAAUAUGGUUGGGAGCAGUGCAAUGGUGGGUUGGGCUUCAUCAGAUGGGGGUGGAGUGAUUAAGCAAUACUAUCUUGGAGGGACUACCCCAAGCCAAGUCAUUCCAGAUCAAGGGAAGCUAUCUGUGGUUAGUAACUCAUCUUCAAUUGUGUACCAAUCACCACGUAUCUAUCUCGCCUUCCAAUUGAAAACCACAGAACUUCAGUCAAACCUGAUUUAUUCGGUCGGACCAAGUAACUGGUUGCCGGCGUCGGACUUCCUUUUGAAGCAACAUCGCAGUCAUAUCUCGACAUCAUGGAACUAUGUCACAGGCCAAAGCAAUGAGGAAAACCCAUAUUGUAGACUAAGGGAGGCCCAUGGGAUCCUAAAUAUGAUGAGUUGGGGUAUUCUGACGAUCAUUGGAAUCAUUAUUGGUCGCUACUUCAGGCAUUGGGAUCCCUUUUGGUUCUAUGCUCAUGCUUGCAUCCAAUCAGUUGCUUUUAUAUUGGGAUUUAUAGGAAUAAUCUUAGGGUAUGUCUUAAACGAUCGUCUCAAUGCCAACGUAUCAACACACAAGGGUAUUGGCACCUUCAUCUUUGUGCUUGGCUGCGUCCAGGUGAUGGCCUUUCUAGUUCGGCCACAUACAACGUCAAAAGUGCGAAAAUAUUGGAAUUGGUACCACUACAGCAUUGGAAGGAUCUUAGUUGCUUUUGCAAUAGGAAACAUUUUCUAUGGGAUCCAUUUAGGGAAUGAAGGGAGUAGUUGGAAUGCUGGCUAUGGCAUUAUUCUUGCAAUUUUGCUCCUUUUUGCCAUUGCUUUGGAGGCAAAGAUAUGGAUGAGAAAGUGACCCUUUUGAUAGGAAAAGUGAACAGCUUUUCCCAUCCACUAUCUUCUAUCAUAAUGUAGAUUUUCGUGAUGUAUUUUGCACUUUAAUUUGUUUUAAGACCAUAGUAAAUUUGGAUAUGGGAAUAAACUGAGGGAGGAAAAUCAAGGUUCAAUUCAAUUUUCUAAUUUGAAAUAUGUGAUUAAAUUUUGGUAAAA